CGCUUGAAAACUAUGGCACAGUCUUUUUUAUUGUACCAUCCUGUAAACAUCUAAGUAUUCAAAAUGAUCAAGAAGUUAUUUCCCUUAGUAUUCCUUGUUGUAGUGGUGGCAGCGGACGACUUCGGGAUGAAAUACGUGAUGAGGAUAUACGAAGACUGUCAGAGGACGGACGGGAUAAUGCCCUGUUUGAAGAAGAAGGCUAUCCUGUUCUUUGAUAGGGCGGCUAGGAUGGAAGCCAUACCUUUGGUCGCUGGUGUGGAUAUUGUGAAGACGUCUGAUAUGGAAGUCGUGCCGGUUAGUGAGAAUGAUAUCGACGCAAACCUGCCACGAAACAUAGACAGCAAGGACGAAGCUUUGACGGAUAUGUUAUGGAACAGAAUAGCGACUUUCGCGAAUUCAAGAACAAUACAGCUGUCACUCCCGAAAAUGUCAGGCGAGGAGCUAAACAAGGGCGUGGAAGAAGGGCGAGGUAAGAUGAAGAAAAUGAUGGGGAUGAUGAUGAUGGGUGCAGCGAUGAAGAUGGCAGCGAUGAUUCCUCUCGCAAUCGCUGGACUCUUCAUUCUGGCGGGGAAGGCACUGAUAGUAUCAAAGAUCGCUUUACUUCUAGCUGGAAUCAUAGCGUUGAAAAAGAUCAUUGCUCAGAAGAACGGUGGUGGUGGCGGCGGUCACGAGAGCCACGGGUGGUCAUCCGGAGGUGGUAGCAGCGGGGGAUGGGACCGUAGAUCGUAUGACGCAUCCGACUUAGCGUACUCAGGGUACAAGAAAGAUUAAACAGACAAAAGCUAAAGUUAAGAGUUAAGUAAUGAACGACUUCCAUUAUUAAUAGUGUAACUAUAUAUUUUAGCUUUAUAAUUAUUACGUAAAUUUACACACGCGGUGAUUUUUAUAUAAAAAUGUG